AUGAGCUCUAAAAAAUUUAUAAACUCAAAAGAGCAAGUUGUUAAUGAAGCUCUUGAUGGUUUAGUGAUGCUUAAUAGCGAUAAACUUGUUAGAAUAGAAGGAACAUAAAUUAUAAAAUUGAAAAAUCCUAAUCAAAAUUAAGUUUCUUUAAUUUGUGGAGGAGGUUCAGGACAUGAACCUGCUCAUGCAGGCUAUGUUGAUCCUAAUAUUCUCACUGCAGCUGUUUGCGGUGGCGUGUUUGCUUCUCCUUCUCAUAAAGAAGUUCUUACAGCAAUACUAAAUGUUCCUAACUAAUAGGGCGUUUUAUUAAUUAUUAAAAAUUAUACUGGAGACAUCAUAAAUUUUGAAUUAGCAGCUUCUUUGGCAAGAGCUAGAGGCGUUUAAGUUGAGACAAUAGUAGUAGGUGAGGACGCAGCUUUUACUGAAAAUAAAAGAGGACUAGCUGGAACAGUUCUACUCUAUAAAAUGUUAGGUGCUGCUGCAAAUAAAGGAAUGGAUUUAUAAAAACUGAAAGAAAUCGGAACACAAAUAAUUUCAAAUAUGCAAACACUUGGUGUAAGUCUCAGUAGCUGUGCUCUCCCAGGUAACGAUCCCACUUUUAGCUUGGCUUAAGAUGAAAUGGAACUAGGAUUAGGUAUUCAUGGAGAAAAGGGAAGAAAGAGAGAGAAAAUAGCAACUGCAUAACAUAUAAUUAAAGAAAUGCUUGAUAUCAUUUAAAUUAAAGAAAAUACCCAAGUUGUAGCUCUUUUUAACAACCUUGGAUCAUGCACAGAUUUAGAAAUGAAUAUUUUGGCUAGAGAAGUUCUGCUGUAGUUGAAUCAAAAAAAUAUACAUGUAAUAAGAGCUGCUGAAGGUAGACUUAUGACAAGCCUUGAAAUGCAUGGAUUUUCACUCACCUUACUGCCUAUUUACGAUCAAUAUGUCCUAUAGUUAGUUGAUGCACCUACCUAAAAUAGACAUUGGAGUCUCUUAAGUAAUAUUUAAAUUGAUGUAAAUCAUGAAAAAGUACCAGAAAUAGGUUUGCAGUUUGCUAAAGAUAAAAACUAUGAUAGUCACUUGCAUCAAGUCCUUUAAAAAGUAUUUAACACUUUGAUAGAGAAAACUCAUUACUUCAAUGAACUUGAUGCUGAAGUUGGUGAUGGCGAUACAGGGGAAGGUUUUGAGCGCUCCUCAAAAGCAUGCCUAGCAAUAUUGUAUAAUCUUGAUUUAGAGCAUAACUUAGUAGAAUCUUUGACAAUUCUUGGAGAUGAGAUAGCUAGUAAUUUUGGUGGAACUAGCGGUCCUUUAUAUGGGGUAAUGCUAAGUACUGGUGCUCGCUUCUUAAAAAAAGAAUUAUCAGAGAAUACUUUGAAAGAUUUUUAAUAAGCCUUGUAUUAAGGAUAAUUAUAAAUUUAGCAUGUUGGUAAAUCACAAGUAGGAGAUAGAACAAUGGUGGAUGUGCUUGUGCCACUUUCUUAAGCUUUGGAGGAUGUAAUCAAUUAAAAAGAUUAGCAGAACAAGAAUGAAAUUGGCCAUAAACUGAUUUAAAUUGUAAAAGAAGCUAGCUAAAAAACUUCAUAACUAAAGGCUAAAAAAGGUAGAUCUAGAUAUUUAGAUGGUAGAGAAAUAGGUAAAUUAGAUCCUGGUUGUGAAGUCAUAGUAGCUUGGCUUACGACAUUAGUUGAAAAUAUUUGA